UAAGAAUUUCCCUUGACUGGCCGCCAUAAGUCAAUCUUCAUCUUGUCGCUACUGCUGUAAUCGGGUUGAAUCAGAAUUUUUCUUUUUGUGGUCUAAGCCUAGAAUAAAAUCCAGCCAACAUGCAGGGAAUGGGACUUAAGAGUUUGAUGAAAAAUCCAGCAUUGAUCCCCUUGUACGUAUGUACUUUGGCUGGAGCUGCUGGAGCUAUUUUCUACACCAUCCGAUUGGCCACUCGCAGCCCCGAAGUAACAUGGAGCCGCACAAACAACCCAGAACCAUGGGAAGCUUAUAGAUCAGCCCAACACAAGUUCUACUCGCCAAUUAGGGAUUACUCGAAGACCGAGAGCCAGGCUCCAAAGUACUAGAGACGGACUUCACAACUAGUAGAAAACGUUUAGCCUCUUCGAAUGUAACCGCAGCUUUUAACACCGUACCUACCAGCAAUAUGUCACGUAGCAAAUAAAGCUUAGCUGGAUGUUUGUACACGAUAACCAAAACAGUGAUAAUUGAUAUGAAAAAAUAUAUCCAUAUCUAACCGCGAUUUUUUGCGAUUAGUGCGAAUUCGAGCUUCGAGUUCUUUGUGUAUCGUGUCAAGGCAAACAUUGUAGCUAAACUCAUCCAAUCUUAAUCAAAAAUGCAUAAUCUCAAUCCUAAUAAUUGAUAUUACGCACAGUUAAAAAUUGUGAAGGCCGAAUCGGCAAAUGAUUGGUUUACGUCUGUGCGUAAUUCUCUAUUUGCUGCUAAUGUAAAGUCUCUUCCGGUAAAAAGAAAGUAAACUGGUUCUAGU